AUGCAUAUUAAGCAGAUUAUUAUACAAGGCUUCAAGUCUUAUAAAGAUCAAAUUAUUAUUGAGCCAUUCAGUUCUAGACAUAAUGUUGUUGUUGGUAGAAACGGAUCCGGAAAAAGUAAUUUCUUCGCUGCAAUCCGAUUCGUGUUAAGUGAUGCAUACACAAAUAUGGGUCGCGAAGAGCGUCAGGCUCUUCUCCAUGAAGGAACCGGACCUGCUACUAUGUCUGCUUAUGUCGAAAUUAUAUUUGAUAAUAGCGACAAUCGAUUUCCUACUGGUAAAGAUGAAGUGGUUUUGCGUCGUACCAUAGGGUUGAAAAAAGAUGAAUAUUCGUUAGAUAAGAAAAGUGCAACAAAAACAGAUGUAAUGAAUUUACUGGAAAGUGCAGGAUUUUCACGUUCAAAUCCUUAUUACAUAGUACCACAAGGGAGGAUUACUGCAUUGACAAAUGCAAAAGAUCCAGAACGGUUACAAUUAUUAAAAGAAGUUGCUGGUACUCGCGUAUAUGAGCAACGCAGAGGAGAAAGUAUGAAGAUUAUUGAAGAAACUGAUUCCAAGCGAUCUAAGAUUGAAGAACUUCUAAGAUACAUUGAGGAACGUCUUGAGGAGCUUGAAGAAGAGAAGGAAGAAUUAAAAAACUUUCAAGAUAUGGAUCGUGAGAGAAGAUGCUUAGAAUAUGCAAUAUAUCAUCGUGAACAACUAGAUUUAAGACGACAACUAGAUGAGAUGGAUGAAUUACGUGAAAAAGGAGUCCAUGGCUCAAAUAAACAAAAUAAACAAUUCAAAGAUGAUGCAGAAAGAAUCACCAAAAUUGAACUCGACAUUGCAGAACUCUUAGGAAAAAUUGAUCUUCUUAAUGUUGAGAAAAGGGAGCUUGAUGAGGAUAUGCAAGAACAAAUCAAGGCUCAUGCUCAAAUAGAAUUGGCAUUAAAAGAUAUGGAAGAUACAGCUAAACAAAAUAAAGAGACAAAGGGAAGAAGAGAAUAUGAGCUUAAAAAUAUUGAGAUGAAUAUUCGACAAAAAGAAGUAGAAUUAGAGCAAGUAAUACCAGCUUAUGUUAAUGAAGUUAAUCAGGAAACUCAAUUAAAAGAAGAACUGGAAGACGCCGAACUGAAACGUCAAACCCUCUACGCUAAACAAGGACGUAGCUCUCAAUUUAGAAAUCGUAUAGAACGAGACGCGUGGUUAGGAACGGAAAUACAGGAGAUUGAUCAAACAGUGACUACCCAACAACAACAGGCCAAUUAUUUGGAGUCUCAAAUAAAUGACUUAACGAAAAGCAUUGAGAGAGUUUCUGAGGAAAUUCGGAAUACUCGUAAUAAGUUAGAACAGCGAAAAGUGAACCUCGAAGAAAUGAAUAAUCAAUAUAGUGAGUUGAAAGCUCAAAGAGAUAAACUAACAGAUCAACGAAAGGAGCUAUGGAGAGAAGACGCACAGUUAGAUACAAAAUUAAUAAAUGCUCGUGAACAGUGGAAAAGCAACGAGAGAGCUUUGGCUAGUUCUAUGGACAAG